AAAAAAAAAAAAAGGAACAAACUUUAGGGAAAGAAAAAGGCGAAAACAAGAAGAAGAUGGAGAAGAAGGCAACAGUGUCUCUCAUAAACACAGCUUUUCCUCUGUUUACGCUCAUUAUUCAACUCUCUUUCUCUCUCUCUUCCCUCAUUUUCAUGUGUCGUUCUCUUCUCUGAAAAGACAAACCCGUGGAUUUAUGAAUCUCUCUCUUCUUCCCUCUCACCCCUUCUUUCCCCAUCUCCCAAUUCCUUUCUCCUUCCCAAAAGAUUAGGGUUUUAAUUCCCUCUGUUUUCUCCUCAGAUCUGUUCUCCCUCUUUUUUAUAUACCCAUUUCCGUUUCCCCUGCAAAUCCCAUUUCUGUUUUCUACAUACCCUUUUGAUUUCAGCCUUACCCAUCUUCUCUUUUCCUCAAUUUCCGCCUUUCUCUCUGUUUUCCCCUUUAAUAAUGUCGUCUUUGCGCCUAGAUCUGACAUCUAAGAUCUACCCAGAACCUGAUUCUCUGUUUUCUCUUAAUUCCGCUUCCAUUUCCACCUCUUGUUGUAUCGACCACUUUGAUCGUCUUCCUGAUUCCCUUCUUCUUCUUAUUUUCAACAAGAUCGGUGACGUGAAGGCUCUUGGUCGAUGCUGUGUUGUUUCUCGAAGGUUUCAUUGUCUUGUGCCUCAAGUGGAAAACGUUGUUGUUCGUGUGGAUUGUGUUAUUUCCGAUGAUGAAUCGUCUUCUUCCUCUUCCUCCUCUGGUAAAUCUCGUGGCCCUUUUUUUAAUAUUUUUCGCUUUGUAUUUGGUGGCAUUGUUAAGCCCCUUCAAGCGUUGGGCCAGUUUUUGGGUCAGACACGACCGUCUUCCAGUUUGGCCUCCUCUUCUUCUUCUACCUCCUCUCUUGCGGUUGGAACCGAAGAGGAUGGUGAAAUUGAUCAAGGUGGGGUGACCCAUCAUUCCCCAACUCAAGUUCUCAAGAAUUUCAACGAGAUUCGAUUCCUCCGGAUCGAGCUUCCGAGUGGGGAAUUGGGUAUUGAUGAUGGGGUAUUGUUGAAAUGGCGAGCCGAUUUCGGAUCCACUUUGGAUAAUUGUGUGAUUUUGGGUGCUUCUUCGGUGAUUCACCCUGGUUCUAUUAAGCCUUCAAUUGCUCAAGAUAAUGGGACUGAUAUUGCUCAAGAUAAUGGGACUGAUGGGGGGUUUUGUAUUGGCAAUGGCGGUGCUAGCGAUGAUAACGGAAGUAUACCCGAAUCCUUUUAUACAAAUGGAGGUCUAAAAUUGAGAGUCGUAUGGACGAUUAGUUCGCUUAUUGCAGCUUCAGCGAGGCACUAUUUGCUGCAACCAAUAAUAGCAGAUCACAAGACUUUGGAUAGUUUGGUUCUUACUGAUGCGGAUGGACAAGGGGUGCUUUGUAUGAACAAAGAUCAACUUGAGGAGUUGAGAGUGAAGCCCCUGUCUGCUUCUUCGGCUUCUAAGAGAACUCUUGUACCAGCUCUGAAUAUGAGACUUUGGUAUGCCACACACUUAGAAUUGCCUAAUGGGUUGAUACUGAAGGGCGCUACACUAGUUGCUAUCCGCCCCAGUGAACAGUCUGCGGCGAAAAAGGAUGUUUCUGAUUGCUCUUGGGCUUCAACUGCUUUUGAAGAACCAUAUAGGACUGCUGCAAAGAUGUUGGUGAAGAGGAGAACGUACUGCCUUGAGAUGAACUCUUUCUAAAACCACAUUAGUAAUUCAAGGUAUGGAGAAGAACAAUGGUGCAAAAAGGGGGGGAGGAAAUUGCUUACCUUCAGAAAAUGAGAAUGAGGAAGAAAUUCUUAUUGAUUGAUGAGAUAUUUGGAAGACAAUGAAACCAACUUCUGACUGGAGUGGCACAAAAAGGGAGGAAAGAAAGAAAACUCAUUCGUUGUUGGCAUUAUUAUAAUACAAAUGGUUGACCGUUUUUGGUAAAGGUGAUAGUUGAAAAUGCAUCUGCUGGUUGUUUUUGUUACAGGCAUUUGCUAUUUGGAGUGCAGACAAACAGCUAGAAUGAUGUUGUAAAAGCUUUGAGUUUGUAGUCCCUUUAACUUCUGUCCAUCCUGUAUAUGUGAAUACUGUAGGUAAGAACUUCAUUAUGAUCUCAUGUGAUAUAGUUUGAAGUUUAUAAAUGUAAGCCCUUUGUUAAAUUUAGUUGAAUAAUUCUCAUUCUGGCCUGGAA